AUGGACCACGGUCCCUCAAACAAAGACCACAUUGCCAACGCCGCUCUCGGCCAGGGGGUGGGCUAUGGGAUUGUGCUCGGGUUGGGGGGUGCGUUUGCGUUGGGCAUGAUACUCGUUACUUUCAUUCUACGCCGGUACAACCGAGAGCUUCAGACAUCUGAGAUGUUUAACACGGCCGGCCGCACAGUCAAAUCAGGCCUAGUCGCAUCAGCUGUCGUCUCGUCAUGGACAUGGGCAGCUACGCUGCUCCAAAGUACCGGUGUCUGCUAUCGGUAUGGAGUGUCUGGUCCGUUUUGGUACGCGUCUGGUGCCACGGUCCAAAUCCUCCUCUUCGCUACCCUGGCCAUCGAGCUCAAGAGGCGCGCGCCCAACGCCCACACGUACCUCGAGAUUAUCAAGGCACGAUACGGCACCUUCGCCCACAUUGUGUUCCUCGUUUUUGGUUUGGCGACAAACAUCUUGGUGUCUCUCAUGUUGAUCGUUGGUGGCUCAGCCACGGUCAACGCCUUGACUGGCAUGCACACCAUUGCUGCGAUUUACCUUCUCCCUGUGGGUGUGGUGGCUUACACGAUGGUCGGCGGUCUGAAAGCGACUAUCUUGACCGACUGGGCCCACACAUUCAUCCUGCUUAUCAUUCUCAUCGUCUUUUCGCUUACCGCCUAUGCCUCGCACGACGUGUUGGGUUCCCCUGCCGCCGUUUAUGAUUUACUAGUACAGGCUGCCGCCCGUCACCCAGUCGAGGGAAACAAAGAUGGUAGUUACCUCACGAUGCAGUCCCGUGAGGGUGCCAUUUUCUUCGUUAUCAACAUCGUCGGCAACUUCGGUACGGUGUUUUUGGAUAAUGGCUACUAUAACAAGGCGAUCGCAGCGUCGCCGGUUCAUGCUUUGCCUGGUUACAUCUUGGGGGGUAUUUGUUGGUUCGCUAUCCCUUGGUUGACCGCCACGACGAUGGGCCUGACAGCACUGGCCAUGGAGAACACCCCCUGGUUCCCCACGUACCCCGACCGCAUGGCCGACGCCGAUGUGAGCGCUGGCCUCGUUCUCCCGUAUGCCGCAGUUGCCCUCCUCGGCAAGGGGGGCGCCAUCGGAACGCUCCUCAUCGUUUUCAUGGCUGUUACCAGCGCCACGUCGAGCCAGCUGAUCGCCGUCAGCACAAUCUGCACUUACGAUCUGUACCGCACGUAUUUCAACCCCUCGGCCAGCGGCAAGAGACUCAUAUACACGAGUCACGCUGUGGUUGUUGGUUACGGCCUCUUCAUCGCUACCUUUUCCGUCGGGCUUUGGUAUGCCGGCAUCUCGAUGGGCUAUUUGUACUUGAUGAUGGGGGUAGUCAUCUCCGCUGCGGUGCUGCCUGCAACUCUCACACUAGUUUGGGCCGGCCAAAACAAGUGGGCGGCUUCCCUCUCGCCCAUCCUCGGCCUUGCUUGUGCUCUUAUCGCAUGGCUCGUUACGGCCAAGAGGGAGUGUGGCAACUUGGGAGUGGUAUGCACUGGCUCCAACAACCCGAUGCUGGCAGGCAACGUUGCUGCCCUGCUCUCCCCCGUCGUUCUGGUUGCCAUUUUUACGUUGAUCUUCGGCAUUGAUAAGUACGACUGGAAGUCGAUGAUGGACAUCCGGAGGGGUGACGACCAUGAACUAACAGAUGCUGCCGGCUUGAACGUCGAAGAAGUCCGCGGCGGGCACGCAGAGACCGGCGCCGAGUUCGAGGAAGAACAGAAAAAGUUGAAACGCGCAGGCAAGAUCAGCAAGACCGCAACCGUUGUCAUGACACUGGCAUUUUUGGUCCUGUGGCCCAUGCCGAUGUACGGAACGGGUUAUAUUUUCAGCAAACCUUUUUUUACCGGCUGGGUUACCGUGGGCAUCAUCUGGAUAUUUUGCUCCUUUAUUGGUGUCGGCCUCUUCCCCGUCUUCGAGAGCCGCAAGACGCUUGCUAGAACGGUCAAGAGCAUUUAUCUGGACAUCACCGGAAAGUCGCACCCCAAGACACUCCACGCUCAAAUAGUCCAGGGGCAGCAAACCCCAGGCGACGUCACGCCAUCAGAAAAGUCCGGCGUCAAACAGGUGGUUGGACCAGCGUAA